AUGGCCACCGCGACAGCCUUCACCCCGUCCACCUUCGCCAAGCUCUCCCCCCACCCCUUCCUUCUCGCCAACCUUCAGCGCCCCGACGCAGAUGCGACCACUCCACCUUCCCGCGCCAACGGCCGCCGGCCAGACGAGCCGCGAUGUCUGAGCGUCAACACCUCGUCCCUUUCGCACGCCCACGGUAGUGCGAUGGUGCGCGUUGGCGACACGAGCGUUAUCUGCGGCGUGCGCGGGGAGAUCCUGCCGGCGACGCACAUCCCCCAGUGGCGGGUGCCCAAGGGCAGGGUCGAGCGGGAGGGGAUGACUGCCGACGAGCUGAGGGAGGAGGGGGCCAGGGAGAUGCAGGACUACGACCUCCUUGUGCCAAACAUCGAGUUGGCGACGGGCUGUGCACCGCAGUUCCUACCGGGCGUGCCGCCUAGCUCGCUCGCGCAGACGCUGAGCACGAGGGUAUACAGCCUGCUCCACAACGCCGGGGUGCUGAACACGGAAGACCUGAGAAUAUGGUACGACCCGCCUGCGCCGGCGGCGGAGCAGGACACGAUGGGAGAUGAGGGGGACGAGGCGCAGGUCGAGGAGCGCGAGGUCAAGGCCUACUGGACACUGUACAUCGACGUGCUGUUCAUCUCAUUUGACGGAAAUCCCUUCGAUGCGGCGUGGGCGGCUAUACUGGCGGCACUGAGAGACACGAAGCUGCCAAAGGCGUGGUGGGAUGCCGACCGCGAGAUGGUGCUGUGUUCGAGUAAGGAGACGAAGCCGCUGGGGACCUCGGGCCUGCCUGUGGCCUGUACAGCUGCCGUUUUGACGAACAGGGAGCAGGAUUCCGGCCAGGGCGAGCCCAAGUCGUGGGUCCUGGUCGAUCCGGACCGCGAGGAGGAGAAGUUGUGUGACGAGAGUGUUACGGUUGUGGUGGAUCGGACGGGUGGUGAGACGAGGAUACGAGGGAUCUCCAAGGUCGGAGGAAGGUUACUAGGUUCCAAGGAAAUACGGGAGAUGGUUGGCGUAGCAGAACGCAGGUGGGAUGUGCUCUCUAAGGAGCUUUCCCAAUGA